CUUCCGCAUUCCCAAACCAGUCACAACGUCAUCCGGCCCUUCCAAAUCCUACAGUCGUCUCUCUCAGUGUUCGACGCCGAUACCAGGCUCGCCUUUUGUGUUUCCUUCUUGCCAUAAUUUACAUCAACACCCGCACAGCGCCUCGUUCCUGCCGUCAUACAGAAUCUCAGCAUUUACAAUAUUAGCUCACGACGCCCUCGCGCAGACAUCUCCAUCAGAGCCGGUCUCUCUCAGUCCUGUCGUUUCCACACCCUGCCCGCGACAAUCACCACCAGACGCCAACAUGCAGUUCAAGCUUGCCGCCCUGCCCCUCCUCGCCGCCCUCGCAGCGGCGCAGACGACAGCCGACAACAACACGAGCACCUCCAACGAGAGCCUAGCCGAGCUCAUCUCCCAGCUGCCUCAGUGCGCGAGGGGUUGCUUCACCUCGGCGGCAGAGCGAGCCGGCUGCGCCACUACAGACUUUGAGUGCAUCUGCAUCGACAACCGCCCGGCCUUCAUCGCCGCCAUCGCUCCCUGCGUCUUCCUCUCCACCUGCCAGCCCUCUGAGACAAGUGCCGCCACCAACGUCGCCACAGACUUCUGCCACAAGAUCUAUGCUAGCCCCAACGACACCGAGCUCGCUGCCGCGUCCAGCGCCGUCACAGCCGUGCUCGGCACGCCCGCACCCACACAGUCUUCGGAUCCCAACAGUGCUGCUGCUCGUCCCGUCAUCGGGCUGGGUCUCCUCGGCGCUGCGGUCAUGGCUGCUGUAGCCUUCUAAGAGAAGCCUGUUUGGACCCCUGGGCCACACGACCAUCUCCCUCCGGGAAUACAUAUACACACCUGCGCACUCAUAUAUGCGUAGAUGCACACUCGCACUUUCCUUCUUCCAUCGGCAUUUACUGGCGACAUGCCCAUACUUCAGGGCCCCAGUCGGCGUUUAGUCUUUUAGAACGGUGCUGGCCAAUGGCCGACUACAGCAUAGGGUGGCGUUUUUCUUUGUUCUUACCCAAUACCGCACCAAAGAGCAUAGCGGUCGAGGUUGCCGAAGUUGCAGGGUUUUUAGAAUCCCCAUAUCCAUUUGGAGUUGCGAGACUUGUUACCAGGGUGGUUUACAAGCCAUCCCCGUCGUUCUGCCCCUGACUGCCGGAGUAUUGUUGCGUGUGAAAGAUCACGUUAUAGCAUAGACGAGGUAGACCAAUGCACACAGCAUAGUUUGACAGGCCAUGAA